AUGGCUCCUUCAACUAUUUCAAUAGUCAUUUUCUCCUUACUUUUAUUCUCGUCUUAUUCGAAUGCUCAAACAACCCCAUCAAAGAAACCCGAAGCCUUCACUUUCCCGAUCAAGAAAGAUGACACAACCAACCAGUACUACACCAACAUUCAGUUUGGUUCAAACAGCACCAAACUGAAUGUGGUGAUCGAUCUCGGAGGCAACUUCCUCUGGUUCAACUCCGAAGACUACUUGAACGCUGCAUCGACGUUCCACCCGAUCCCAUGCGGGACCCGCAAAUGCCGAAUUGCCGAAGCCAUAGGUUGCACCUUCUGCUUCCUAAAGCCCGCCCAGCCAGGGUGCACGAACAACACGUGCUCCGACUACUCCCUCAAUCCGUUCUCUGGCACUUCAGGGUACAGCGGUUUGGGAGAGGACACCCUGCGCUUGCGCUCCGCACGUGGGGGCAACGUGUACGCGGUGGACGAUUUCCCCUUCCAGUACGCACAUGACGCUAUGCUAGAAGGCCUGGCGGGUCCCGCCUCGGGCGUGAUCGCCUUGGGCAGGACCCGGAUUUCACUGCAGGCGCAGCUCGCGUCUGCUUUCAAGAUCCGCGAGAAAUUCACGCUGUGCGUCCCGCCAGCUGGCGGCGACGGUAAUUUGAUCGUCGGAGAGACGGCUUACAGCAAACCCUUUGAGGAAAUCUCGAAGUCACUUGUCACCACUCGGCUGGUGAGAAAUCCUGUGGGGCUUUUGGGGAUCGAUCUGAUAGGCAAUUUUUCGAGAGAGUAUUACAUCGAUGUAAAGUCGAUUAAAGUUGGUUCGAAGACACUCUCGUUGAACAAAACGCUGCUUUCGAUUAACAAGAAAGACGGAAGUGGAGGCACUACCAUUCGGACCGUGAGGCAUUACACGGGUCUGAGCAAAUCGAUUUACAGGGUUUUGGUCAAAGAGUUCGCGAAGGCUGCCGAGUCCAAGAAUAUUACGAGAGUGGCUUCUGUGGCCCCGUUUGGGGCUUGUUUCGAUUCGAAGACCGUUCUGAGCUCGAAGACGGGCCCACGAGUGCCGACUAUCGAUCUUGUUAUGGAGAAGAAGAGUGUUUACUGGAGGUUUUAUGGAUCAAAUUCAAUGGUUAAAGUUAGUAAAGACGUGAUUUGCCUUGCGUUUGUUGAAGGAACAAUAAAUGUGUCUGGACAGACGACGUCGAUAGAAGUGGGAGGGUAUCAAAUGGAGAAUCAUCUGCUUGAGUUCGACGUGGCUUCUUCCAAGCUAGGGUUUAGCUCUUCACUGUUGCUGCAUGGCACAAGCUGUUCCAACUUCGGAGCUUCCUAG